AUGAGUUCAGCUCUUGGUUUACCUCAUACAAGUGAUGGUCCCUUUAACUCGAACGCAGAUGCACUUUCAAAGGUGGAUGCAACGUUCACUAACGAGGAUGAUCGGAUUCUUAGCUGGCUUUCUGCAACUAAUCACGUCGCUUGCUUAAACAGUAUCGUCGCAAGAAGAACCAAAGAUACUGGUGGCUGGCUUUUGAACUCCACUACAUUUGAUGAACGCGCUACAUUCGAUGAAUGGGUGAGGACAAGCGGGCAGACUAUGUUUUGCCCAGGCGCGCCAGGGGUAGGGAAGACAGUGAUAACAAGUGCUGUUAUCCGAGAACUUCAAAACAGCUUUCAAGGUGAUUCGAAAGUGGGACUGGCAUAUUUCUUUUACGGUUUAAAUUCAAUAAAAGAGCCCGAUUCUUCUGAGGUCCUUGCCAGUCUAUUGAAGCAAUUGGUUGAACAGCAGCAUUUGAUGCCAAACUGUGUUAAAGGACUCUACAAACGACACUACGACAGAAGUACUCGCCCUUCCUAUACGGAAAUAGCGAGAGCGUUUCACUCUGUUGCUUCUAGUUACACGAGGGUUUUUAUAAUUCUGGACGCGUUGGACGAGUCCCGAAUGUCUAACCAAGGGUACCAUAUGAUUCUUAAGACGAUCAGGAGCAUCCCAGAAGAGGUUGGGAUAAGUCUUUUUGCAACAUCCACAUUCGUUCCCGAAAUUAUGAGAGAGUUUAGCGACUGUUUUACUCUCGAAAUUCGUGCUACCCAGGACGACAUACGUAGGUAUCUGGACAACAAAAUCACGAUGCUUCCUGAAUUUGUUUCCAACGAUGCUCCCUUGAGGGAGGAUAUAAAGAAUGGUAUUGUGCUUGCAGCUGAUGGAGUGUUUCUUCUUGCACAGCUGUAUUUCCAUUCUUUGGUGGGAAAGCCCACACCUGAGGCCACCAGGCUUGCUUUGAAUGUCCUCACUACUCACGAGGGCUCCAAAUCGAAAGCACUAGAUCUAGCACAUCAUUUAGUGAUGCAACGAAUCGAAUACCAGGAAGCGAAUCUUCGGAAACUAGCGAAAAAGGCCAUGAUAUGGGCUGCUUACGCUAACAGACCUCUGAGCGUGUCUGAACUUCGACACAGUGUGGGGAUGGAAAUCGGAAAAUCCAGAUUUGAUGCCGAUAGUCUUCCUAGUGUCGAAGAGAUACAAGCAGCCUGUUCCGGAUUAAUUGAUAUAAGAGAAGAAGAAGAUGCAAUCUUUAUGCACAGUCUGACCAAGGACUACCUCAAACGCAAUAAGGGCAUUUUGCUUUCGAGCGAUAUUCAGGCUCACAUAACCAACAUAUGUGUGCAAUAUCUUUGUCGGGAUGAUUUUAAUGACGGUUUCUGUUGCUCGGACGUGGAGUUUGAGAGUCGAUUGAAGUCAAAUGCUCUUUAUGAUUAUGUUGCGCGGAACUGGGGCGAACACGCACGCAUUGCUUCUUGGGAAGUCGCAGAACUUAUUAUGAACUUCCUCAACAACAAGAGUAAACUAGCUGCCUCCAGCCAAGCCUUGAUGGCCUCGAGAAGGUGCGAUGCUGACCAUGGGUAUAGCCAAAGGGUGCCAAAUAAUAUGACGGCAGUACAUAUAGCUGCUUUCUUUGGAUUACGGGAUAUAUUGAUAUCGUCGAUUGUGUCUGGCAAUGGUCUAGAUGAAAAAGAUAGCCACGGUCGGACUUCGUUGUCGUACGCUGCGGAGAAUGGACACGAGUCCACGGUACAAUUGCUCCUCGAAGAACCCCAUAUCGAUUAUAAUUCCAUGGAUGUUAACAACCGCACACCGCUAUCGUGGGCCGCGGAGAAUGGGCACCAACAGGUUGUACAAUUGCUCAUAUACGAGGGUGCGAGAAUAGACCUCCAGGACAAAAUAGGUCGCACACCGUUG